GGGAGAGCGAUACUUUUUUCUUGCAGAUUCGUGUUCUACGCAUCGAAAUACACAAAAUAGUGAAAUUACAACCAAAUCGAUGAGAAAACCCUCUUCUUGAUAAUUACCGGGAUUUGUACUGUUGUAUCCUUGUUUAACGUUUGAACAACAAGGAUGAACGAUAUACCAUGCGCAUGAAACGGAGCGCACCCUUAUGUAUCGUGAUUGGUGAUCGAGUCCACGCCGGCGCGUGUUGAUCGAGUCAAAAAGGAUCAGAUAGGCCGGAAUUCAUAGUCGAAUCUUAUUCAAGUUCCAGCUUAAGCACGAUCUUGAGACGUCAAUGCUGUUAUUUCAUUGGUUAAGUAAGUCUCAAGUCGGCUCGAAGCUAGACUUAAGGCAAUGCUUAAGCUUAAGAUCGGUCUAUGAAUCCCGUCCAUAGAGUGGAAGCUGGCCGUGUCCGCGAUUCGCGCCAUCUAGCAGUUCGGAGACUUACUACGUACAAUUCUUUCUCUCUCUCACAAAGCUUUGCUCUCUCACUCCUUCAAGAUAACCUCCACUUUAACCGUUGCGCUUUGUCGUUGACAGCAAGUUGGCAAUAAAUUACAUUGUAAAAAAUAAGAAAAAAAUGACCCUGCGGUGCUACGUCAAAAAUUGCAACAAGAAUAAUAAGGUUAACAAAGAUGUAUCUUUUUUUCAACAGCCGACAAAUUCUGAACUGAGAAAGAAAUGGCAGGAAUUUGCUGGUGUACAAGGGGAUCCUCUAAAUCAUCUCCGUAUUUGUUCGGAUCAUUUUGAAUCAAAAUGUAUCAGGAAAAAAUAUCCAAGGCCGCUGCUUGUUCGUGGAGCGAUGCCUACCAUUAAACCUCAUCGCAAGUCUCCAUCACCACCAGUUAUCAAGUAUCACAAGGACAAAGUGAAGAUUUAUAGAUCGGCCCUUGAAGGAGAUUGUUUUUAUACAUCGAAGAGAGUGGUUUUGGAUAUACAAAGAGCAACUGUAGAACCACCAACAAUAAUUAACAUUGAAACCAACGAUAACAUCAAGAUUGUGCUAUCAGGUGAAAAAAUAUAAUGGUAAAAAGUGAAAAGGAAUGUUGAAUUUUUUAUCAGCUUUCGACAAUUGUACAUAGAAUCUCAUCCACUGAUUUUCACAUUCCGAUAAUUGUACAUAUUUUGUAAUACGUCAUAUUGUUGAAAUAAAUAACAAAAUA